AUGUCUUGCUACGACCUGUGCUCCACCUCCGCCUGCGGCGUCUACCGCCCCCAGCCCAUCGCUGACAGCUGCAACGAGCCCUGCGUCCGCCAGUGCCCUGACUCCACCACCAUCAUCCAGCCACCUCCUGCCGUCGUCACCUUGCCCGGCCCCAUCCUCAGCUCCUUCCCCCAGGGUUCCGUUGUGGGAUCCUCUGGAGCCCCCAUCCUUGGGGGCUAUGGGGGCUAUGGCUCCGGGAGCUUUGGGGGCUCCGGGGGCUUUGGUAGCUCCGGAGGCUUUGGUGGCUCUGGGGGCUUUGGUGGCUAUGGAGGCUACGGAGGCCUGGGCGGCUACGGAGGCCUGGGGGGUUACGGGGGCUAUGGUUCCUCCCUGGGCUAUGGGGGUCAGUUUGGCUAUGGGGGCUCUUCCCUGGCCUGUGGGGGUCUGUAUGGCUCCGGGGGCAGCUCCCAGGGUUACAGGGGUCUGUAUGGCUCUGGUAGAUCCUACAGCUCUGGCUCUUGCGGCCCUUCCUCCUACCAGUACAGGAGGUACCGCCGUGGGAGCUGUGGGCCCUGCUAAAUCCUACAGAAACAUCCCUUGAGUAAAGAACAACUGGGAAAUGCAUGAUACAGUCUUGAUCCUUAAAGGAGCUCCUGAGUAAGGGGCAGAGCUUGAAAGACUUCCACUUAAUACAAUGGAGUCAGAAUAUCUCUAUAAAUUACACUUUUCAUUUCCUUCUUCGUUUGCUUCAUCUCCUCUUCCUUGCCCCUGGCCAUGGCCAAAUGUAUCUUCUCCAUUGUCCCAGAGGACACUUGCUUCUCCCUGAAACUGCCACAUCCUGGGGGAAGUCUGAAGGAACACCUCUGCGGAAGCCUGUGGGGGCAACCUGCCUGCCUCUGUCUGAUGUAUCUUUCUUCAUUCAAUAAAACAAACCUGCAUCCUA